AUGUCCGGCUUCCAGUACCAAAAGUGGACGGUGUCUGAGCCGUAUGUCGAUGUACCAGGAACCUUAUUGGAGGGACCGUUUCACGACAAGACCAGAAAUGAGUUCCGCUUUGUCGAUAUCUGGGAGCAGAAACUAUACGUUCUGGACCUGGCCAAAGGCCCCGACUCCCUGAAGAUCAUGGACACAUCUGCGUCAAUCGGAGUAACCGCCAACAUUGCGAAUGCUGGGGAUUCACGCGAAAACCAGAUCGUCGUAGCCGCAAAACAUGGAUUCGCCCUGGUUGACCGCACCACGGGCGCACUGUCCUAUAUUCAGAAAGUGUGGGACGAUCCGGCCAAGGAGCAUAGAAUGCGUUUCAACGAUGGGGCCGUCGACAGCCACGGACGCUUCUGGGCUGGAGCCAUGAACGAUCCUAAGGUGCAGAACCCAGUCAACGAAGGUGUGAUAUUCAGGCUAGACCCGGACAUGAAACUGCACCGCAUGGUUGAACAGGUGACGAUUCCCAACGGGAUUGGCUGGAAUCCUGCGGAUGACACUAUGUACCUGACCGACUCUCCCACCGGCAAGAUUUACGCCUUUGAUUUCGAUGCUGAGACCGGAAACAUCAGCAACCGAAGGGUGUUCUUUGACAUUGGGGAGCCGAAAGAGCCAGAUGGGUUUGCCAUCGAUGAGGAGGGGUGUAUCUGGAGUGCUAUUUACGGUGGUGGGAAGGUAAUUCGUAUCUCGCCGGAGGGCAAGGUCAUUGGCGAGAUAACUUUUCCCACUCGAAACAUUACCUGUCCAGUUUUUGUGGGAACGGAGCUAUUCAUCACGACCGCCAAGGAUGAUACCAAUGAUGACCAGCUUCCGGAAUCCGUCCGGUAUGGAGGCCGGCUCUAUAGAGUCGACGUCGGCAUCAAGGGUAAGCCUAAGAAUGAGUUUCGACUUGAAGGCAGCCCGCAAUAG